AUGGCUGAAACCGCCUUACAACUACCCUAUUUGUCAUCUCACUAUGCAAUUCCCGAAACCACGCUCACGACUCUCACACAGGCUCCAACCGUGGAGCUUGUCAAUCAGCUAUUAGAAUCCAUCAACAAAAAGGCACAGGAAUCUGACGAGCUCAAGUCUGACAAGCUCCGCCUGGAGGUUGAGCUUGAAAAUGCUGUGCGCAGUAAUGAGUCGAAGGUGAAGGUUCUGAAAACCACCGUGGAGAAGGGACACGCGGAGGUCGCAGAUCUGAGGAAGAAACUCCACGAUGCCGAAACAACUCGCGCCACACUGGAAAGUGAGAUCGCGACUCUCAAGUCAUCCUCUACUUCCACUGAAUCCGAAACGACCUCCCUCAAAUCACGAAUCGCAUCCCUCGAGGCCUCUAACCGCGAUACCCUUGCAUUGCUGGAAUCCAAAUCUGCGGCUCACGACAAAUUGGCCGAAGAGCUAUCGGCUCAGCACAAAAAGACCAUUGAACUGCGGCGUGAACUCUCUACCGCGGAGCAAAACCUCCAGAGUGCCAACGCGGCAUCUGCCAGUGCUCGCUUCCGCGAACAAAGUCUACAGCAAGAACUGGAUCUCACCAAGAAGAACAACGAGUGGUUCGAGACAGAGCUGAAGACAAAGUCUGCUGAAUACAUCAAGUUCCGGAAAGAGAAGGGCGCUCGUAUCUCGGAGCUGCAGCGUGAGAACGAGGAAGCGAACUCUACAGUCGAUUCCCUUCGACGCAGCGAAAUUUCUUUGAAGAGUCGCCUCGACGAGACAGAGCAACGGUACGAAGGUGCUCUGGCCAGCAUUCACCAACUGAAGGAGGAGGCCAUUCAAGCGACCGAGGCUUUCCGCAUCGAACUUGAUAGCUCCAAUCGCCUCGCCGAACUACAAGGGUCCGCUGCACAAACUGCUAAGCAACGUGUGCAGGAGUGCCAGCUUGCCUUGGAGAAGACCAAGGAUGAAGCUGCCCAAGAAAUUUCCCGCAUUCGCGUGGAACUCGAAACCGAAACUAACGAUAAGAGCACGGCGGAGCGCCGCAUCGCCGAGCUUGAGGGACUCGUUUCGCAACUCGAAUCUGAGCCAGACAGAGGCAGAUCUGCAAGCCCUGCGCUUUCUCUGAAUGGUGCACCCCCCAGCACCCCCAAACGAUCGGCUCUACUACGGACUAGUGGCACACCCAGCGGUUCAUUCUCUCCCCGCGCUUCUAUCAAUGGAAGAAGUCUCAAUGUCACCCAGAUGUACUCUGAGUAUGACCGCAUGCGUACCAGCCUUGCUCAGGAGACAAAAGAAAAGCAGGAGCUUAAACAUGCUCUCGACGAAAUCUGCAUGGAGCUUGACGCUACCAAGCCGGAGAUUGAGGAGGGACGUGUCGAAUGUACACGGCUUGAGCAUGCAGUUGUGGAGAUGUCUAGCCUUCUUGAGGCCGCUGGAAAGGAGCGCGAUGUUGCACAGAAGGAAGCUCGGAAGUGGCAAGGCCAGGUUGAGGGGUUGUCCCGUGAAGGAGACAUUCUCCGCCAGCAGCUCCGUGACCUUAGUGCCGAAGUCAAGGUUCUCGUCCUUGAGGUUGCAGUCGCCAAGCAUGGCGGAGACUACGACCGCGAGGAACUUGAAAAGAUUGCUCGUGGUGAGGUGGAAGAGUCCGCGAAGGAACUGAAUGAGACUGGUCGCUUCAUCAGCCAGAAUCUCACUACAUUCAAAGACCUCCAUGAAUUGCAGGACCAAAACAACACUCUUCGACGGAUGUUGCGGGAGCUUGGAGACAAGCAGGAGGGCGAGGAAGCUCAAGCCAAGGAAGCUGCCCGACAGGCCGAAAUGGACGAGCUGAAGGAGCUUCGGACACGGUCUCAGACCAACCGUGAUGAGAUCGCCAACCUCACCGCGCAAAUGCAGAGUUACGUCAAGGAGCGCGAUACAUUCCGUAGCAUGCUCAUGCACCGCAAGCGAACCGAUGAAGACCCUUCGGUCUUCUCUCAUUCCAUGCCUCUUGGUGCUGCCCCUGGUAGCAUUGAGUCCGGGCCUGAUUACGCCGAUCUGCUUCGCAAGGUUCAAGCCCACUUCGACACCUUCCGCGAAGAGACUACAACCGACCACAAGGCCCUACGUCAACAAGUCAAUGAGCUGUCUCGCAAGAACAGCGAGCUGCUUUCUGAUGUCAGCCGGUCCAGCAGCCAGCAUGCUGCUGCAUCUCAGCGAGCCGAGCUUUUGCAGAGCAACUUCAAUAUGCUGAAGAGCGAAAAUGCCGAGCUUCAAAAGCGUUACUCUGCACUCUUUGAGAAUGCGAACCGACAAGACCUUCGCACACAGCAAGCCGCCGAAGACCUCGUUGAGGCCAAGGGUCUUGCUGAAAGCCUUCAAAGAGAAAACGCCAACCUCAAGGCGGAGAAGGAUCUUUGGAAAAACAUCGAGAAGAGACUCAUCGACGAUACCGAGAACUUGCGCAACGAGCGCGCUCGCCUUGAUUCCCUUAAUGGUAACCUUCAAACCAUCCUCAACGAACGUGAACACACCGACUCUGAAAGCCGACGUCGCCUUCAGGCUAGCGUGGAGUCCCUUGAGACCGAGCUUCAAUCUACAAAGCGCAAGCUCAAUGACGAAGUUGAAGAAUCCAAGAAAGCAAACAUGCGUCGCGAGUUUGACCAUGAACAAAGCCAGAAGCGUAUCGAUGAUCUGGUGACAAGCUUGAGUUCUGUUCGCGAGGAGCUGGUGGCCGCCAAGACCACCCGUGAUCACCUCCAGUCCCGCGUGGAUGAACUCACCGUCGAGUUGAAGAGCGCAGAGGAACGAUUGCAGGUGUUCCAAUCUCGACCCAGCGUCUCUGGUGCCUCUGCCGAAGCCACCGCCGAGGGUCAAGAUGCCGGUGAAGGAUCUGGGCUCACACGAGAGCAGGAACUCGGCAUCGAGGUUUCUGAGCUCAAGCGUGAUUUGGAGUUGGCCAAGGGCGAGCUCGAACAUGCUAAGCAACUAGCCGAGGACUACCAGGCUAUCAGCCAAGCCAGUGAAGAACGUUUGGAGUCUGCCACCGAGACACAGGACCAAUACCGCGAGGAGACAGACCGUCUUGUUGAGGAAAAGAACACCAAGAUCCAAGAUCUCGAAGCUCGUGUUGAGGAAAUCUCGGCUGAACUUGCCGCCUCCAACACCGAAAUGACCAGGAUCCGCGAGGAGCAAGCUGAGGCCCAGCAUCGUCUCGAUGAACAAAAAGCCAACUUUGAGUCUGAGAUCAGCCGCCUUAAAGACGACAACGAGCGACAUGUUGCCGCCACCCAAUAUCACCAGGAAGAUCUCAAGGCACAAGCUGAGAUUGCCCAACAUGCUCAACAAAACUACGAAACUGAGCUUGUAAAGCAUGCCGAGGCCGCCAAGAAUGUUCAAAAUGUCCGCGCUGAGUGCAAUCAACUCAAGAUCGAGGUUGCUGAACUGAAGUCUCAAUCGGAAACAUACAAGAAUGACCUGUCUCAGAAAGAGACAAGCUGGGCAGAGCAGCGAGCUACCUACGAGGGUGAGCUGUCUGAGCUGCAGAAGCGUCGGGAAGAAGUCAUUCGACAGAACGCCGUCUUGCAUACUCAACUCGAAAAUAUCACCGGCCAAAUCUCAGCUUUGCAACGUGACCGAAUGAACGUCCCAGAUGACGAGCAAGAGGGAGAACAAGUUGCUCCCAAUCUUGAGGGACUCCAGGAGGUCAUCAAAUUCUUGCGCCGCGAGAAGGAAAUUGUUGAGGUUCAAUACCAUCUUUCUACACAAGAAAGCAAGCGACUCAACCAACAGCUCGACUACACCCAGUCUCAGCUUGAUGAGAGUCGUCUCAAGCUCGAGCAACAACGUCGCGCGGCUGCAGACAGUGAUCACAACGCCCUGAGUCAUAAUAAGCUGUUGGAAACCAUCAACGAGCUUAACGUUUUCCGUGAAAGCAACGCUACUCUUCGCAGCCAACUGAAGCAAACCGAAGCCGCUCGUGACGAGAAAAUUGCUCGCGAGAACCAGCUCGUCCAAGAAAUCGAGCCCUAUAAAACCAAGAUUCUUGAGCUGGAGGGCCAACUUGAGGCCAAGGAUGGAGAAAUGAAGCUUCUGCAGGCCGAUCGUGACCGCUACCAGCAACGCAUCCAAAACAUUCUCCAAAAGUACGACCGCGUCGAUCCCACCGAGAUGCAAGAGCUCAAGGAUAAACUCACUAGCCUUGAGACUGAGCGUGAUGAGGUCGUCGCUGAACGCGAUAACCUGCAAGCUCAAAUGGAGUCGCUUCAAACCCAGAUAGCAGGCUUCCCAGAACAGCUCCAGCAACAUGCUGAUGAGCGUUUGGGAGAACUGCGGUCCAGACUCACCGAGCAAUUUAAGGCUCGCUCCAAGGACCUGAGCGCACGCAACAAGGCCAAGCAAGAUGAGUUGAAUGUCGCAUUACAAGAGAAGGAAGUCAUUCAAGCCGAACUUCAGGCCACCAAGACGGAGUUGGAGGAGUUGAAGUCCAAGAUGGCCGAGGCGCCUGCCGCAGCUGUGACUCCCGCGGUGCCAGCCGAGAACUCAGCCCCAGCCCCUGCCGAAACUGAAGCUGCCCCUGUAAACCCUACUCCCGCAUCUCAGUUCCCAACAGCAACUGUUACGACCGCCGCUCCUGGUGACGCCCAAGUUGUCCAAGCCCUUGAGCAGAAGAUCCAACGUCUUGAGGCUGCCCUUGCCGAGAAGGAGGGUCUGCUGGCCACUCAGGCUGGUGAGCUAGAAGCGAAGGUCAAGGAACGAUCCGAUCACCUCAAGGCGGUGCUCAACAACAAGCUAGCUGAGGUCAAGGCUGCCCACCGCGCAGAAAUCGAGAAGUUGUCCGCUGGCGAACAGCCAACUCCUGCAACCCCUGUUGCCCCUGCAACUCCUGGUGCCGCUGUGCCCGUGUCUGCCGAUGGAGCUCCAGCAACUCCAUCUAAAACAGUUGAGCUUGCGGGCUUCACCAUCCCCAACCUCACUGAUGCUCAAGCGAGAGAACUUGUCGCAAAGCAUGAGACAAUCCGUACCAUCGUCAGAAACAACAUUCUUGGUGGUAUCAAGCGUGAGCGUGAGAAGGCACAGCAAGAGGCGCAAGCUACCAGCGGCGCUAAUCAAGAAGCGUUAGCUGGGCUUGAACAAAAGUCGUCUGAAGAGAAACAAGCCUUGCAGCUUGCCCACGAGAACGACCUCAAAGAGAAGAUUGCCUCUGCUCUCGGACUGGCCGAAAAGAAGACAGCUGCCCGCAUCAGCAUGCUGGAUACUCGAUUCCGAACUGCCAGUGCCAAGAUCGACGUCGUACAAAAGGCCGCCACUGAAACACCUCAAAAGCCUGUCGUUGAGGUGUGGGAAGUCGCCAAGACUGCCCGGCCUGUCCCUCCCCCGGUUGCUGCUGCUAAGCCAGUUGCACCCACGCCAGCACCAGCUGCAAGCGCGCCCGCGCCCGCGCCCCAAGCGGCGCCUGUUUCGCAACCUCCCGUGGCUGCUCCCCCUACCCCGGCCCCUGUGCCAACACCCUCGGCUGGAACUGCCCCUACCCCUGCCGCCCAGGCAACCCCUGCCGAAACCCCCGCUGUAACAGGAGAGUCACAGACCACUGCACCUGCCAAUCCAUUCGGUCAGUCCCAACGGGCUGAAGGCCAGCAGCCCUCUGCGCCGCCCAGCCAGCAGCCUGGUGGAAACCACGGUGGAAACCCGGGUCUCAUGCGAGCCCUUCAAUCCGGCCUACCUAUCGCAAGAGGCGGUCGUGGCGGUCGUGGUGGCGGCCAGCAAUUUGGCCAUGGCCAUGCACAGGGACAGCAAGUUGACCAAAACCAACAAGGUCAGCACGCGGCUCAACGCGGCGGAGCUCAGCGUGGUCGUGGCCGUGGAGGCCAAGCCCGUGGAGGAAACCAGCAGAAUCUCAAUGCUUCCGCACGUCAGUUCAUCCCUCAGGGCAACAAGCGCUCCCGUGAAGACGGCUCAGAUGGUACGGCCGAUGCUAGCGGCGGAAAGAGGCAGCGUGGUGGAGGUGCCCAGCAAUCUCGUGGUGGAGGCUCUGCAUGA